GGAUAAGACAGACAGUUGUGUACCGUAUGAUCUCACUUAAUCGUUUUAAUAAAUCAAAUCUUAUACUGCGGAUUCACCGGGGGGCCUACAGCCAGCUGUUCCCUGGAAAUGUCGUAUAGGGUAGAGAUUUGUCCCGCCGCUGUCGGAUGCUGAAACGCGCCAUCAGCCUGUGGAUGCUUGAUGUCCAUUAUGAAACGCAAUGCUGCAUUGGGUACCGAAUAUGAGGCGCAGCGCUUUUGCGAUACAAUGAAUCACAAGAAAUCAGUUUAGCUGCAAAAUAGUCCUGUGGUGCGGACGGUUCAAGGUGGUCCAGCAUCUUUUCUACUCAGCCCUCUGCUUCCUGUCUUCUCUCGGAUUGUGGAUAACAAGAAGGCUUCAAGACGGAGGGGGUGGUGGAGCAUCGAGGAAAAAAUAGGGGCAAUAUGAGAGAGCGGGACUUCAUGCCCAAUAUGGAGAGGGGUAAACCUGCUACUUAUACGGGGGACAAAAAGGCUAAGAUGGCUGCUAAGACUAACAAGAAAUGGGUGAGACUAGCCACUGUUUUUGCAUAUGUAUUGUCCGUGUCCUUAGCAGCCAUUAUCCUGGCGAUUUACUACAGCCUCAUCUGGAAACCUACCAGUGCAUCCUCUUCUGCGGGGAAGCCGGGGGUGCCCAAUGAGGUCACCCCCACCGCAAACAUCUCAACUAAUUUUUCCACAAGCAGCAAUGUCUCAGAGUGGAACUCUACACAGACAGGGCUGCUAUCUCUCAACCAGACCACGCAGGGGAAAGGACUCUACGGUCACCCGAGCGUGGAGAGAUCGGACACUUCGGGCAGGCAGACGCACACGUCCGAAGCCCGAGUGAACCACUACAUCCCGUCAAGCACCGCGGAGUCUGGCGCUGCGCUCAAGGAGGACGAGGGGGAGAGGGACGCGCACAACCGCGACCCCAACCAGGCGGCUGCAGAUGCUGCCACUGUUCCUCCAACCUCCCCGACGAGCCGAGCCGGUCCCUGAGAGGAGACUGAUCGGGCCUCAUCUCCACCACCACCACCACAACCCCCCUGUCACACAUAAACUGACCCCAACAUGGAGUGUUUUACAGACUCAAAGCCGCAGGUCGGAUAACACACAUGGUCUUGUUCUUUAAAGUCGUUUUGCAGAGCUUCUAAUGGAUGCUGGACUGCACAUAUGAACUGAUCUCGCUCUGAAUCCCCCGUGGCUAAGAAAAGAGGAGACCUUGCUUCUUCAAUGAACACUGUUUCCCCUUCAACACCAACUAUGCUUUUUUUUUUUUUUAGGCCAUCUGUAUGCCUUAAAUCGGUGUGAGUCUACUUUACCUCGGACAGCUUCUGAGUCCACUAGCCUGCCUGUACAAGAGUGGCAUAGAUAUUUUGUUAAAUUAAUAGGACACAGGCUCCAGAGAUGCUUUUUGGUUUUACAGGACAUAUAUAUGUCUCACAGGCACACAACGCUUAACAUCACUGCCAUUCAUCGGCUGGCCUAGAUCAAUACUGCAUUACUGCAUUUUACCAUAGGCUGUAUUUCUUUGUCAUGGAUCAAACCUGGAUUCCGAGUAGAAGAACCUGCAUUAUUGAGUUAUGCUCAGGUAUGUGCAUAUAACCAUGUAAAUGUAUUGUGUAUUUGGUUAUGUACAUAUAGGGCAGGCAUACAUCUUUUUGGCCUAGAUGAACUUUUAGUGUAAUUAGAUGAUUUUUAUUAAAGGUACAGUAUGUAUAAUAGGUAUAACUAUAUCACAAGGUACAAAUAAACAUCCUUAGAAAAUGAUUCAUUUCUAUGGUUUUAUAAUAGAUCUGUGUAAAUCAUGAAUUAAUCACUGAAAUUAUCCUGUAUGUUGAUGAUAUUUUAUUUAUUCAGAGCCAGAAUGGAUAAUAUAUAUUCAAAUAAAUGUUAGGUUUUUCCUAACAUCUUCCAAACUGAAAGGUCCAAUUGAUUUAAAUUAACUGUGGUUCACU